UGCCAGCCUGCAAGUACAUCUCACCUGUGUUUACACUGACGAUCUUCCAGCGACAUGUAAAAUUAGAAGAAUCUGGAAGUAAGCGACACAUCAUCACUAUGGGCCUCCCAGCGGCUGUUCUCCUAUUAUCCACCACGGUCUCCCUAUUGGGCGGACUGAUAUUUGGGUACGAACUAGGAAUCAUUUCUGGAGCCUUACUUCAGCUGAAAAAUGAUUUUCAUCUUACCUGUUUGCAGCAAGAGGCGUUGGUGAGCGCAGUUUUAAUCGGCGCCCUUUUCGCGUCGCUCAUAGGAGGAUUCCUGAUUGACCGAUCUGGACGACGGACGUCUAUACUGGCGAGCAAUAUGGUGGUGUUGGCAGGGAGCACAGUUUUAAUACUUUCCACAUCCUUUUGGUCUUUGGUGGUCGGACGCGUCACCAUUGGCUUUGCCAUAUCCAUAUCCUCGAUGGCGUGCUGCAUAUAUGUUUCGGAAAUUGUAAAGCCGCACCAGAGAGGCACACUUGUGUCUCUUUAUGAAACUGGGGUUACACUUGGGAUUUUACUUUCCUAUGGCAUGAACUACUUCUUAUCCGGCCUGCACUUAGGCUGGAAGUACAUGUUUGGGUUGGCAAUUUCACCGGCUAUCUUCCAGUUUAUCAGCAUUCUGUUUCUUCCAUCCAAGCCCCCAAACGUAAACAUGUUAGACCGAGAAUCCCAGAACGGUAUGAUUCCAUUAAAUGAACUUCAGGAAGCUGGAGACAUCAAGCCCAUCUCCUCCAUUAGAGAUUACUCUUUCCUUGACCUCUUUCGUUCAAAGGACAACAUGCGGAUGAGGACGCUGGUGGGUUUAGGGCUAGUUUUGUUCCAACAGCUAACUGGCCAACCCAAUGUACUUUAUUACGCGUCAACCAUAUUUCGAUCUUUGGGUUACCAGAGCAACUCUUCAGCAGUCUUGGCUUCUGUAGGUCUUGGUGUUGUGAAGGUCCUCUCAACGUUGGUUGCCAUGAGUUGUGCCGACAAAGCAGGACGGAGAGUCUUGCUUCUCGCUGGAUGCGCCAUGAUGACCGUUUCAGUUACCGGGAUUGGGAUUGCAAGCUUCACGAUCAAUCUGAACACUCACAAGGGCUGUGAAUCCCUCACGCCAAUAAAUGCAUCUUCAAAUUCUUCUGUCAAAUUGGAAUCCCUUGGCGACAUAACCACUUCCUUCGAAGCCCAGCACGGAGUCCCAGUGACCAGGUUGGAGGGCUCCACUGCACUGCUCUUUACCAAGAAUGCAACAGGGCCGUCUAGUCGGUCUUCUGCAUGGACGGCAUAUUCGACUCACUCCAGCAGUGAGCAACCAGAAUCCUUUUCUAGAAACCAGAGACUCCCCAGUCAUGCUGGGUUGACCUGGAUUACUCUUUUGAGUUUGAUGGCAUUCGUAAGUGCUUUUUCUAUUGGAUUUGGACCAAUGACGUGGCUGGUCCUCAGCGAGAUCUACCCUCCAGAAAUAAGAGGCAGGGCAUUCGCCUUCUGUAACAGCUUAAACUGGGCAGCCAACCUGCUGAUCACAUUGACAUUUCUGGAUGUUAUCGAAUCUAUAGGUCUUUCCUGGACCUUCCUCCUGUAUGGCUUGAUGGGAGCGUUUGCAAUAAUAUUUAUUUACUACUUCAUUCCGGAGACCAAAGGACGUUCUCUGGAAGAGAUUGACAAGGAGUUCUCUGAUAAAAGUUUCUUCUCCGGCAGACGGGCGUGGAAUAAUCGCGGUGGUGAAUGCUUUUCUAGCCAUCAGUACCAAAGAAUGGGACAAUCGACCACCUCUGACUCCAGCUCAUCCAGCUGCUCCUGAUGGCUUGGUGGAGACG